AUGUACGGUAAGUACUUCAAGAUAAGUACAAUUUAUUUAUGGAGCCCUUCCCAGGCCAAUCCGUCAUUAGGCGCCGACCAUUUUGGACAUUCACCGUGAUUCGCCGCAAUCCAUGGAAACAUCCUUCGUCAAGUGCAGGAGUCGAUUCGUUCAUAUAGGCUUCAAAUUUCAAAAUUUCAAAGCCUGGUUAUGUUCACCACUGCUAGGCCUAUCUUGCUUUUGGAUCUGUCAGAUCUGUUCAUCCCAACUGCGCGAUUCCACCGUUCCACAGGCCUCUUUUCUGAUCUCCUCAAGGCCUGACGCACUCAUUGUUAGGGCAGUGGAUGCAACGUUCAAUACGGCGAUAAUCAUGACUCACUGAGCUCUCCUAUGGGCGCCCAUUCUACAUCGCUUCCCCCACUCGCUACGUUCAAAUGGUCUGUUAGCUUUGCCAUCAACAGAUCUGUAAUUUCUCUUCAGCACCACACAUUCAUGUUGAGGUGCUUGGAAUACUUACCACAGUUGUCCCCGUGACGGCGGACGAGGGGUGACGACAAGGCCCUGCCAACUGCAUAGAGGACGAGGAGAACAAUGACUUUCUUAGCGAACAUGUUUCCAACAGUUCGUCUCUUCUCAAGUUGAUGCUUAAGUACUCUCUCGGCGCGGGGAAGGCGUAUAUCCGGAGAUCCUCGCAAACGUUCAUUCCCAAUCUCAAACUACAACCGAUGAAGAUAAGGAGGUCGCAUGUCGUUCAUUUUCGUCCUCUCACCACCCGUUGUACGAACUCCUACUGUUGCCCCUUGAGUCACGGGAGUGCGCAUCAUGCUUCGAUACGGUAACUGUUGACUACAUCAAGCUUCGAGAAGGCCAAUAGGAUGAAACUUUGUCUCUGUGAUAAGAGAUGUAAAGCUCCGAAGCUCACUGCUGUAGCUCACGGCUUUCAUUGACACCGAUUUAGAAUGAUAACAAGAUCAUCUGGUGAACUGACGGAGCAGACCUUGUUGGUGCCUUUCUGUCCGUUCCAUCUCGAUUCAUAUCUGCAUGCUCCGUUCUCAAUAGCAACAAUGGAUGUAAACCUUGCUCGACGCUUAAAAUGGCUCCCAUUGACACUACUUUGCGUUGUUAUGGUCGGUCUGUCCAUCCCACUGUCAUUCUGGUCGACGAGUCGCAUACGUUCCUGUACAACAUGCUCACAGAGUCAUUGGUCGAUACCGGAACUUGACAAUGUUGUGAUGCAUUUCGUCCGCAGGUCCACAGCUUUCGAACUCAACUCCCCUGCUUGGAGUAACAUGCUCCCUUCAGGUGGACACCUCAUCUACCAAGGUCAUUCUGAUGGCACUGUUUCCGUGCAUACUCUCGCAAUCUUCCACCAGCUUCUAUGUGUGGACGUUAUACGUCUAGCUUACGUUGAGGAAAGUCGCGAUCCUCAGUCACCGUUGGCUCGACAUUGUUUCAAUUACCUCAGGGAGUCGCUCCUGUGUCAAAUGGACAUGCGAGAGGAACAAAUUCCUGAUAUACCCCUGUCGAAUGGAUUCGAUAAGAUGUGUCUUGAUUGGGAGGCUGUUUGGAGUGAGGCGGAACGGAAUUAUCAGGAGUACCAAGAGUAUAUUCAUAGGACUGAUCCUCGUAACAUAUAGUCACAUUUUCGGCAUAUUCAGGUAAGAUGUUAUGCUAUUAACGAGUCAAAGCUUUCUUAAUAUCAUUUUCGUAUACACUAAUCUACGAGCUUCACAUCCACAAACCAACAUCCGUGCGCCGACCGGGGAGAAUGUCGAAACUCAUUGGUGAAAGAUAUUGAACCGUCCAAUCUCUACAUUCCCUAGUGACACCCGCGCGAUCGAGGGUGAGAUUCUUCACCAAGAAAUCUCCGACUUCAAGUGUCAUGUCCAUGUUGCACAUAAAAGAUUGUCGCAGGUACAUGAGGCAAUGCUCCCAGUGAGCAACUCGUUGAGGGUCGUGGCGAUGAAAUUGUGUCGUAAAGGUGUGGAGGCAAUGUAAUGAAUGAUGGGCAGACGAUGUAUAUCGAUGGUGGAAAGGACCUAGAUGUGUAUAGCCGAUGCCAUAUGUAUCUGAGUGAAGGGUCUCCCAGUUUGGGAUAGAGCUGUUGUAGGCAAUGUCGAAUCGUAUAGAUUCGUGA